AUGAUUUCUAAAUCUUCCUUCAAUGGAGUAAUCGUCAGAUCAACCUUUACUAUAACAGAAGAAGACCCAAAAAUCAGCGAAUCAAAAGCUCCUGCUUCAGAACUUUCCCCAGGAGUCGACUCUAUAAAGUUGACAAUUAAAGAAUCAUCCAAAAGUGAGCGUCGAAAUUUAAUGAGAGGCACAUUUGCUGGCUCAGCUUCCCCUAAAGUCAACCAAAGCAAAAAUUGCCACAUUUGUGGGAAAAAAUUCAAGUUAGGCUUAAAAUAUACCUGCAAAAUCUGCCUGCAAGCUGUAUGUGGUGAAGAUUCUCAGAAAAAGCCUUUUGGAGACAACCCCAAAAAGAGAAGAAUAUGCAACCAAUGUGAUGAAGCUGAGACCAGACAAAUUGUCAGGGAAGAGCUAAAAGAAAAUUUAGAAAGGGUUCAUGAAGAAUUAAGAUCAGCUAAAGGCUGUUAUGACAGAUUAAACAGGGAAAGGUUCGAUAAAACAGCAAAAAUCAAUGAAUUUGAAUUUAUCAAAAAAUCAAUGAAAGCCCAGCACGAACAAAAAAUGCAAAAACUGCAAAAUCAGCUUGAUGAAGAAAAACAAAGGUCAUCUGACCAAAGAAUUUCUAUUGAAAAUUUAGAAAAAACAAUUUCUAAUUUAAAUUUAUCAAAGCGAGAGUGAUCAGAAAAGUGUGAAGCUAAAAAAAACGAAACAGAAGAGUGAUCCAAAAGGCUGGAUUUAUUAUUAGAAAGGAGAAAUCUUUUAGCGAAUCAGGCUGAGCAUUUAGAGCAUAUUAUGGAUGGGAAAGUUGCAAUUGAGGAACUAGAGAAGAGGCUUUGUAGUAAAUGCAAAAAGAAAGUUUUCCAUAAUAACCAGGAGUGCAGAAGCGAUCUGUCAAUGGUGCAUUAUCAAAGCAGCGAUACCCAAAAGAUUGUAUAA